AUGAUACUACAAGAAGUGAAUGAACCAGUAUUAAAUAUGGCUGUGUCGAAGGCAGCUACUUUACUUGGAGCUGAUGCUGUCAAUAUUGUCGAUCGUUUGGUUUGGAACCAUGAUUAUAAUGGCAGAGUAUUCUCAUACAUGGCGGACGCGAUUUUCGUAGCAACAUCGACGCAUACCUGCCUCCAACGGUUCGCUGAACAGUCUUUGGUGCCUGUCAUGUGCAUGACGUCCAGGACUCAUGCCAGCUUGCAGGCGAUGGCCACUAUCAUGACACUUAUAGAAGAAUUCGGUACAGUGAGAAGAUUGAAUAUAGCAUAUUUCGGUUCGCCGCACCCCGUUUUGAAUUCUUACUUACUGCUAUGCCCGAUGCUUGGAGCUAAUAUUCGUUUCAAAUGCUGUUGUUCGAAACAACCAGUAAGUCCUCUUUUAUACAAAGCAGGUGAAUCGCUAUGUACUGAAGCUCAAACCAGCCUCCAGGCGUGCGCAGAUAAAGACAAAGCCUUACAAAGAGCGGAUGUUGUUAUAGCCGGCCCGGAAAAUGCUAAGAAGUUGAGCGAAUUUAAACUUUGUGUGAUGGAUAUAGAUAAGUAUGCCUGUCCAUCGUGGAUAUUCGUCCACACUUGUCCUAGAGGCAAAGAAGUCGAUGACCACUUAUUCUUCCAUGACAGAGCCCGAACUUUUGUUGCAUUCGAAAACAUACAGUAUAUUUGUGCAGCCCUAAUGGGCUCAGCUAUAAAAAAUCACUACUUUUAA